AUGAGUGUCAUAUUCCCAGAGACAGUUACUGACUUAGAUGGACGAACCGUUAAUGUCGGAGAGCUUGCAAGUCGUCAUGUUUUAGUCUUCAUAACACUCAAGGCCACCUGGUGUCCCGUUUGUCCUCAACUCUUGUUAAUCUUGAACCUCCACGGUUUGCAAGAUGACCCACCUUCGGAAUUUCGAGAUCCGUUUGAUGACUCGAUCAUGCGAGUUGACCCAGAAAAACUCCCAUUUUAUCGUCUACUUCUUAAAACAGAUGCAUAUUUUAUUAUCAUGUGUCCAAAGAGACAUAAUCAAGUUCGACAAAUACAGAAAGCAUGUAAUUUCACAAAUUUACCUUACCCAUUUGUCGUUGAUGAAGAUUUAACUCUCGCAUCAUCAAUAAAUUUAAGAAUGUCAGAAAAUGAAAUGUGGCCUUGUAUUGGAUAUAUUCAACCAGAAACUAGAGUAAUUCGUCCGAUAAGUUCCGGACGAGGUCCUACAUUCUAUGGUCACAAUCAUUUGCUGACUUUUUUACGUGAUUAUCGUACUCGAGCUGAAAAAAAAGCAGUUGAAAAUAUUAUUAAAGCUAAUGAAUUGUUUUCACUCUUGAAAAAGUUGACUGAAAAUCAACAAGAACAACAAGAAUCACAAGAAUCACAAAUACAACAGAAAAAACUUUUACCUGUAGAAUUAUUAUCUCAAAUAUUUGAGUAUUUAGAUUCUAUCGAAAUUUCUAAAACUAUUAUGUCUAUAUGUCAGCAUUGGAGAGCUAUUGGGUUAGAUGUCAUGACGACGAGACUAAGAAAAGAAAUUAAAGUUAUCUCCGAUUCUCUAGUAAUUCAUUAUGUAUCAAUAACUAAUGAAAUUAAAGAAGUUAAAGAAAUCAAAAUUAACCCGGACAAGAAAAUGGUAAGUGUCCGCGAUUUGAACGAACGAGCAGAAAGAUUAUAUAAAAUGGUUGAAAUUAUUCAACCUAUUGUUAUAUGA